AUGUGCCAUUUCACCUCCUUUAAUUACCCUUUAACCUUUUCUCCCACUUUCUUCUCUCACCUUAAUUGUCUCGGACAUUACUCCUUUGAUAACUCUCCUAAGUCCCACUGUCAGUCUCUUGACGCUAAGAUUGCUGAGGCCAAAAAAUCCUUAAAAUCUGAAACUCCUCAAAGUCCUAAUUAUUCCUCCUUAAAUGCCCAAAUUAAGCAGCAUGAAGCCUCUAAAAAAGAGUGCGAAAAAUAUCAUUCCCUUUCUGAGUCUGACAGGACUGCCCAACUCAAGGACAUCCGCUCCAGGAUGGUGUCUCUUGCUGACCUCAGUGUCAAGCUUGGCCAAUUUAUUGGCAAAAAUGAAGCUGUUACUGACGCAAUUAAUAAUGCUAUUAACACUAUUAUUAACAGUGAUGAUGACUUCAAAAGCCUUAAAAACUCUCCGUCUUCGACUGUGCAGUCUGCCCCUGCCGUGUCUGCUGAGCUUAUAGAUGUUGAGAAGCUUAAGGAGAAAAUUCAGCAUUAUGAGAAAGAAAUUGCGUCUCUUGAAUCUAAGAAAAGUGCCCAAAAUCCUCCCCUCUCCUCUGAAGAGUCUCGCCUAUUAUCCUCUUAUGAGUCCAAGAUGGAUGCUCUUCAGAAGCUGAAGAGCCUUAAUGACUCCUUGAAUUCUCUUGGUAAACAAAGUGAUGAUGCUUGUAAAAACCUUUUAACAAACCUGUGCUCUGGCUUGGAGAAGUUCCUUGGUUACCAAGAAACUUCCAAAGGCUACGAUGGCACUGGCAUCGUGUACUCGGACCUUGACAGGCUCUGCGACGGGGUGAUGUCUUUCCUUCAUGGUGUUCUUGAGACUGUAAAAAAUGAUGAUAACGUUACAACUUAUGAUAAAGAUAACAAAAUCAAGAAUCUUCCUUCAAAAAUCAGUAAGUUGAUGCAUAAUGGUUCUCAUGGUUUUUCGCAGGCCAUCACACAAGUCUCCGCGGCGCUGCAGGCGUGGAGCGGUGAGCUCGAGAAGAGGACUGGAGAAGUUACAAGCCUACUUAGCUCACUUAGUAGCGACAUACAAUCACACAAACUCACAAUAGAUGGUACGAAAAAUGAUAGCAUUAGUCUGCAACAUAGCACGUGGAUGGCGGCAGCCUCCAAGUAUUUCACCUAUGCUAACACAGCAAACAACGCACUAUCUAAUUUAGACACUAAUCUUAAGAAUAAAUUAGAAACGCCAGUUGGCAAAAUACAUAGUGUUGUGAGAUUGAUACAUGAGUCAGCGACCAACUUAGAGUUGGACCAGCAGGUUAGGAAGGUGGAUUAUGAGAUGUUGACUAAAAAACAAAAGGUUUUGAGCGAAAUUCAGGAGAAAUCUGAAGAGUUACAAAACAAUUUUACUAAGCACUUACACAGCAUUCGUAGUCAAAUUAAUGAGAUUGAGAAAAAGCGUACUGAGGAUUUGGCAUCCUUGAUGAAGUUGGUUGCCGCAUUGAAAGAGGCUGUAACAAUGGCUGACGAAGCGGCACAGAAGUUGGGCACUGAAUAUCAGAGUAAAAUUGUUGAUAAGUUGAAGGCCAUACAUGAUCAAACGGAGGGCCUUAAUACAGAUAAUAUUGCUAGUGGACUCAGUAGUGUCGUUGCAACGGUGAGUCCGCUGUUGGUGACGCUUAAAGGAAAGUUGGAGGAGAUUGCACAAGCUGCGCAAGAUGUUAAAAACAAUGUGCAGAAUAAUCUGCAGUAUUUCCGGCAAAAUGGUGAUUCGGGUUUGAAUGUUGGUAAUGAGAUUAAGAAGCUUAAGGAUGAGCUAAAUAGGAAGCUGAAAACGUAUGUGACUACGUACGUAGAAAAGGUAAGAUCCUCACUUGAGAGUAUUAGAAAGGGAAUGAUGAUGGUGGAAGCCACGAGAGGCACUAAUUCCCAGCUUCACGCUCAAGCCUCCGAAGCGAAGAACAACAUUGAUGCGCUAGAUAAGCAGCUUAACAAGGGCGCCGGAAAUAUUGGUACAGCAAUUAGUGGAGCUGUCCAAGCCGCUGACGGUGCGCUUGGCCAAGUGGUUUCCGGAGUGAAGGAGGAUCUGAGCAGUCGUGUUCAAGGGCAUAUACAGGACAAGAUUAAAGAGAUUGACAAGGCAAUCCAAAAUAACUUUGGUGGUGGUUACGGUGCUGCUUAUAAAGAUGCGCUUAUCCAAGCAAAGCAAAAAGCAAUAGAUGCCGUUGCAUCGGCCAUCCAAGAGAUUAAAAGUUCAAAGUUCGAAAAACUAUUCUCCGAUUUAGAAAAACAGAUACAGGGUGCAGGCGGAACAGGUGAUACAGCUAAGGAAAAAAUUAAGAAGAUUGAAACAAAGGUCGGAGAGUAUUUCAACAAUGGCGUUGGUAAUACUUCAGAAUUCAAAUUCGACCAUAAAACAGCUUUCGGGGAAUAUAAGUCUAAAAAGGAUGAAGCCGCAACGGCCAUCUCUGGAGUCAUUUCAGACAUUGCGAAGAUGGAAGGAGCCUACCGCGAUGUUGAUGGGCUAGACAGUCAUCUCGGAAUGGCGCUCAGCGGUCCCACGUCUGACUAUGCCUCAGACACGUUAAAGCUCCAGGACAGUGUUGCAAGAAGAGUCAACGAAAAUGUCGAAGCAACAAACACCCAACUGGAAGCGCUUCUCAAGGCAACGGCGGAUAAAGGUGUCGACAUGUUAAAUGCUAAGGUUAACGGCAUCAUUAACAGAGAACUUAAUACUGUACACCCUACGAUAGAAACACAAAUCAAUAGGCUGAACAAAGAUUUGGGCACCCAGCCAAACAAUAUUUAUCAAGCCGUUAAGGAUCUUCAGGAAAGGAUCGAAAGACUCAAAACUCUAGUCAGCACGGUCAAUAAGGACGCUGGCAACAAAAUACAACAGCAGGUAACCUCCGUGAAAGAACAACUUUCUCAGAUAAAGCAGAACGUUAUUGAGAUUAAUGAAAAAACCACAAAGUUUGAUGAAGCUUUAAGCGGCACAAUUGAAACUGCACAAUCCACUGUUAACUCAGCCAGCGAGGAUCUCCGAGCUCAAAUUACCAAUCUGAAUGAAACUCUCACCGAAACUGCCCGAGAGGCCUUUGACACUAUCAAAAACGAAGUGCAGACAAUGAUGUCCAACAGGCAUAAGGCGGAGCUGGAGAAUUUGAGAAAUCUACUUGAGAAGCAGAAAGAAGCAGUAACGAAGCUCAUCGACGCUGACAAAAUAAGCGGUUUGAAAGGGCUAUUUGCCGACAUGAAAAAACAAAUGGAAGAUAAAAUUAAGAAAGCGCUUAAUGAUGAGGGUAACAUAAAAGAGGAGUAUAGAAACGUCAGUGCCCUGUCCAUCUGUCUAAAUAGGUUCUUCACCAACCUCAUGGACUAUAUUAAAGGACAAGUAAAAGAACACAGUGGGCUUACAAGUGACGUGCGGUCUAUUUCCUUGCUUUGUCAUACAUUGUUCGACGAAUUGUACGCUUCGAAACACAUCGAUCACAUCUGUAGUAGAAACCUAGAGAAUCUAAAAGGUAAACUUAGCACAUUCGUGCCCAAGAGUUUUGUUAAUUAUCGCCAUCCCAAGUUGGCCGGAGUCUUGAAAAAUGGAAUGCAGAGAUUUGUUGACGAGUUGCAGAAGCAGUACGUUAACAAGUACGAGGGGUGUCAGCCGAUCACUCAGUGGGUGACUCAGGACAAUGACCAAAGUGCUGACCAAGGAGCCAAGCAAAGUGCUGACCUAACAGACGACCAAAAGGAGAAGUUGACUGUUGAGGGAAGAAAGGGUGCGAGUGUAUGUUUGACGGUUCUCAAGACUCUGUUUCAUGAUCUCGACGAGCUGCGAGAUAGGUGUACUAAAGAUGGCCCGUGUGAUAAAAAACGUAUUUACCUCUAUGAGCCAGCCCCUAAAAAUAUGAAGCGGGACGAUAACCAACUGGGUCACUGGUUCCAGCGUCGUGGUUACGGGGUGAGUAAGGAGAAGAAUGGACACGAGGGCCACUUGAGAAAUGAAGACAAUUUCACUGGACAGAACAUUCAUACCCUGAUCGAGGAACAGAAUAUUGUUCGACGUCCAUUCACAGACGAUGAUGCUUUGAGCCACGGAAUAAUUGUCCGAUUACAUGAUUACAUAUCAACUUAUUACCAAUUGUGUCACAUAACUCUACACGACUCACCUAAAUAUCCCUGCUCGGUAAGAGACAUGCUAUCAUGGAUGUCCGGCCUGCCGUAUAGAGCAGUGUAUACACAAAUCCCUGCCCACUGUAAGAGAUUGCUCAACGAUGAAGACAAGUCAACUGGCAAAUUCCCGAAUAGGGAGGAUGCCGUGCUUAGUAAAACAUUGGCAUACGGCCUAGUGGACAAUCUAUCUCAUACAUGUAGAAAAUCUCUCGAUGUACUAGUAACCAUAUGUGGAAAUGGGCGUGGUUUCGAGCAGGCCGAUUAUCCUUACACGUGUAAUUUCAUGGACAAUUCGCGAGGGUUCCACUAUCCCGAAAAUGUUCCCGGCCUAUUCGAUAUGCUCACUGACGUAUGCAGACGUUUGUUACGUUCACUAAACCAUUUACGUACACGGUGCCUAUAUGGUGCAUCCACAGGUAACGGCUGGGCGGAAUGUUCAUAUGGCCGUGACGUUUCCGGUUACCAGUGGAACUGUAACACUAACCAAUGCCCCAACCAAACGUGUCCCCAAAAGCACAACCAAAGUGCUAAGCAAACACCUAACCAAAAGUGCAACCAACACCCUAAGUGCGGUGUUAAGUCGCCACUUCAAUCUCACCUAAUGGACCAGUUACCUGGUUGCCUGCCUCAUAAAUUGGUAUCUGUUGGCUGUUCAUCUCAAUGUUCCACAUGUCCUAAGACGUCGGCUGGACAGCAAUGCCUAACGCCAAUGGGUUUCUGGGAUUUGCCCAAUUCUGCUUCUAAAAUGAGAAGCGGCAAGGAGCUGUCCGACAUGCUCGCCUAUUUUUGCAAAGAUGCCGACUCACCACUGUGCGCCCUGCUCCAUUGCUUGCAAUGCGUGAAGCCGUCGCCACCUACAACUUUGGCUGACAUGUUUGCGUUAUACUGUCAACUAUCUAGAUCAUGGCGGCCGAGUGGGUACAUUGAUGACUCUAGUUUCACAAAUCUUUUGAGCACUCAGACCAUAACAAAUUCGUUCCCAUUGAAGGAGUGGUUUCAUGGUGAUUUUACUAACGCCGAUGUUACUGCUGCCUUAAUACAAUUGUAUCACUCCGACAAUGAUCACAAGAGUGCGUCCGCAAAAGGCGCUGACACAACCACAGUCACCCACUCGGACUUAGCUAGUCUGACCGGGCGCUCUAUGUGCAUGAAUUCACUCACCUGCGCUCCCUAUCUACGGCCUGUCUGCCUCAAUGCGUAUCAUACAUAUCCAAAGAAACACGCCAAGCUAUAUCUCUCUUGGUUCACAUACUUGGCAUGGAGAUUCUGGAAACUGCUUCAGGAAUUGCUAGACGCAUUCCAGCAGAUCAGCUGCAAAAAUAACGGCUGCGUCAACUGUGCCUGUAGGGCUGGAAAACAUGGCGAAGACGGUGCCUGUAAAUGUAUGUCCGUUGUUCAUUGUGGAAGCGUCCUGUCAACAAUGUACCGAUAUGGAUUCACAUUCGCUCAGACCAAGAAACUCAUUGAAAAUCAGAAGGAAAAAUCAUGUUCACAUUUUAGAACUCAGCUAGAGAAAGUUGUAACAUCGGCGCAUUUUACAAAACUCUUCCGAUCUAUUGACGAAUUUAUGUGCGCCAUCAGAUGGCCAUUCAUGAAUACAUUGUUAGCCCUCUGGUCGCUGUCGCUCCUGUACCUGCUGCACGUCUCAGUCGUCCGCCUCGACGUCCUGAGGAUACGCUCACACCUGAGAUCACCCGCAAGCCACCGCAUCGCCGCGCAGUCCCUCCUCGCCGCCGCACGCGUCAGGGCACUCGCCAACGUCAAGGGGGAAACCUUAGAUGACAUUGAUGCCCGCCGUAUCUCUCUUGGUCAGCUUGCUGGACAGCUUUCGGGUUUUAUUGGCAGUGGACAGGAAGUUAAAGAUGCAAUUUUGAAUGGUUUGCACAGUAACGUAAGUCAGCUUGAAAAGCUUUUGGAAACAUCUUGCGAAGAUAAGGGGUGUUGUAAGGAAGCCGGUGAGGCAAUUAAAAAGCUUAAUGAAGUCAAUGAGAGCCUUAAAAAACACCUUAAAGUGGAACAAAAAACCUCUAAAAAUCUUGCUAAAAUCCUUUCUAAGUGCAAGUUAAAUGGUCCGAAUGAUCCCUUAAAUAAGCUUAAUAAGGAAAUUACUGAGAAAAUUCAGAAGCUUGAAAAAGAAAUUGAGAGCCUUAAAAAUGACAAUUAUGAUGAUAAUAAAAGUAAAAAUGCCUCUGAAAUUGACAAGCUUAAUAAGGAUCUUCAGUCUCAUAAUGCAUCCUUGAAUUCUCUCGAGACACUGAAAGAGCUUUGUGGAUAUGCUGAGAAAAUUAAUCAAAAUCACGUUGACGAACAAAGUUGUAAAAAUUUUUUAGAGAGUCUUUGUACAGGCCUCGAAAAAUUUCUCGGCUACCAGAAUGGUAAUUACACCGGAGAGGGAAUUGUGUACUCGGACCUGGACAGGCUCUGCGACGGGGUGAUGUCUUUCCUUCAUGGAGUUCUUGGUAACAUUAAGCCUAAAUUAGGCCAGCAUAAAGACACUUUAAAUAGCGCACUUAACUCACUUAAAAGCACAAAUCUUAAUGGUAUUGCUAAAUACAGGGCGGCGAUAGCCGCGGUGGCCGAGGGGGUACAUGAGUAUAAUGAGAGAGUGGCAGCGUCGAAUGAGAGUGUUAGUGAUGUAAUUACUGCAUUGCGUGAUAGUGUUGAUGAUAAAUUUGUACGCACUGUAGAUGCAGUCUUACAAGAAAGGCGUGAUGCAAGAGGUAAUAUAAUAGAUCACGCUGAGCGUGACGUCACCAAUGCCGAAAGGCUAAUUAAUGACAAACUUCAGCAAUGCCAACAAAAUGCUACGACAUUCAUCACUAAUUUAGACGUUAGUGACACAUCACGUAGCCCACAUAAAGAAUCAAUCACUGACCUAAAUGCUAAUUUAAAAGAUAAGCUUGAGAGCGUGCGUAGGACUGUAGCGUAUGAGAGUGAGCGGUUGGGGGAGGUGAAGGGGCAAGAAGGGAAGGUGUUUGAGGCGAGUAAAGUGGAGAUAAAGAGGGUGUUGGAAGCGAUGAAAUGCAGUGUGGAUAAAAGUGUUAGUGCUGACAUAACAAGAAUUCUGGGUGAGUUGAGGGAGAGAGUUCAGAAGAUAUUGGAGGCGCUUAAGCAAGUGAGUAAAAACCUUGGGCAGUAUGUCAUAGAGUUGGAAAGUUGGAUUGGUGACACUCAGAAGUUUAUUGACGGGAUCAAGAAUAAGGGUUUAGAUAAUAUAUUAAAUGAAGUGAACGACAGUCUUACAAGUAAGAAGCUUGACAUCAAAGACGCCGUGGACAAGGACCUUAAAAACUGGAAAGGCAAGCUGGAGGGUUAUAUUCAGCAGCUGACGCAGUUGACUGGAGAAGUUGAUGCGAAGGUUACGGCGCUUGCUUCAAAGUUUCCUAAAAAUGCCGGCGUGUCAAACAAUUUGAAUGAGAUUUUCACUGAGAUACAAAGUAAGGUUGGCGUGAUUAAGCAUGGAGUGUUAGAGGGACCCGUAAGUAUAAAUCAAUAUUGGAGCAGUAUUAAGACGGAUGUUCCGAACUUCAUGGAUGGGCUUUAUAAGGAGGUGAAGUCAAUUGGGAAAUCCGGACACCUAUAUCAGGUUGAGGAGAAGACCAAACAAUAUGUUGCAUUGUUCAAGGAUGGAGUAAAUAAUGGAUUAGAAGUUGUAGUUACAAACUGGAUAAAAGAAAUAUUGGACGCAAAUAUCGUGGCUAAAGUGUGGAUUAAUGGUUAUUUUGCGGUUUUGAACAAAAAUCGCCAAUACGUUACUUUUAAGCCAAAAUAUGAUGCGUGGCAGGAUGGAGAUAACACAGAUAAAACAGCUGGACUGGCCGAAGCAAUCAAGAAUAAGCUUAAGAGCGAGCUUGGAGUCGAAAUGAUUAAUGCCAAAGUUGUCCUAACCCGAGGUGAUGCGGUCGAAAGUGUUCAAGCAAAUGUCGACGCAGUCUACAAUUGUAUCAAUGGAUUUGCAGAAGCGCUCAGGACAAAACUUGAUUCUCAUAAGUAUACACCUUUUAGACAGCAAAUAGAGCAGACCAUUGAGCAAGAGGUAACGAUGCACCUAACGCAUACGUCAAAUAUUCCCGAUCUCACAGCUGCCGCUGAUGCCAUCCUAUCGGCGCUCCAUGGCAUGGCCAGUCAAGUAGCUCAACAAUUCAAGUCGUUAACCGGCGCGUCCCAAUCGCCAAACCUCGGCAAGCACUUGGAUGACGCUAUAGGGAAAGUAAAACAUUUUCGCACGCAGUUUGACAAUCCUCGCGUACAAAUUGAUGCGAAUUUGCAGCGCUUGGAGGAACCAAUUACAUAUCUCUCUGGCAACCUCCAAAAUGCACUUCAAGAUCCCACCCAAACCAACCACGCCGCCAACCUGGACCAGGCGAUCACAGACGUAAAGGACAGAGUCGCCGAAGUAGCCGCCAACGCAAUCCCGCAGAAGCUGGACGACGCUGCUCAAAAAAUCAAACAACAUCUCGAAACGCUUGCCGAUGCAGUUUCUAGAACCACCAAUGAUGUGAGGCUGAAACUUGCUGAGUUGCAAAAUGAGAAGAUCGGUAACGCUUCGAGAACCGGUGACGUUAAAGCAAAUACAUUGCAAGAUCUUCGACGGAAACUUAAUGAACUUCACAAAAGUCUGGAGUCUGAUCCCAUUAAAAACGCCGAUGAGUUUAUAAAAUACGUCACUGCUGCCGAAACUCAUUACAUCAGCGAACUCAAAAGCCAUACCAAAAAGGCAGCGGAAGAUGCGUGCAACAAACUCACCACCCACGCGCGCAGGCAGUACGUCGAGGCCCUCAAGUUCGCGCUCCAGCAGUUCGCCGACAAGGUGACGGGGGAGCUGGAAGAGUUGCCGGGGAUGAUUGACAACGACAAGCACAUCGGCCUGAAAGGCUUCAUGGAGGCCUUUUAUGGCAAUGACUCCGGCGACAAUAUUAACAAGCUUAACAACCACAGUGAUCUCCGGACAGUCUGCCACAGCUUCGAAAAAUUCCUCGGGCCCCUCAACACAUAUAUCAGCAGGGAAAUAGAUCGCGUUAAGGAGGAGGAACACAAGAAAAAUCCUUCGCUUCAGAAACCUCAAGACCCAUAUAGCAAACAACUUAAUAAAGUUUACUCCUCACUUAGCACGCUAAUUACUCAUAUUUACACUAAAAAUAAAUAUGAUAGUAACUUACCCACUAAGCUUGCUGAACUCACUGCCACAGUCGUCGACCUGAAACUAGACGGCUUCCCCAACCCGGUCACAGAAAUGCUGGGCGGCAUCUCCGGCGGCUGUCGGGAGUUGGUAGAUGUGCUUGGCAACGUGUACAUCUCCAGGUACGACGGAGCUGCGCCCGUUACUUGGGAAGGCAAAAAAGCCGGUGAAAUAUCACAGGAAGGCAAAAAUUGUGGCAAAGUAUUCUUGUCUUGCGUGACUGUGUUCGUUGAUGAAUUGCAUCACUUGUUCUUUAAUGGCGGUAAAACGUGGGCGUCACUUAAAAUUGACGGCAGUGGCAGCGGAAAGGACAGAUCGCACUUGAAAAGAUAUCUGAUGGAAGAAGGCUUCGAAAUUAAAAACCUUGUCACCAAGGAAAACACCGGCAAAGACGUUGCCUUACGAUUGAGUAGAGGCUUUACGCGUUACAAGACCUUCAACAAGGACCCAAAUGAAUUGGAAUCCGUCCUUGAAUGCUUCAAGUAUUUCAAGCAAAAUGGAGGUCUUUUAUCAAGACUCUUCGAUCACCUCCACGACUAUUACAACGUUUGUCACCUACCAUCUUCCUCCACUAAGACACCGACCACUGUGCACCAGAUGCUCACAUGGCUUACUGGCCUACCACACAACCCAGUUUAUCACAAGUUAGCGUUUGACGGUUUCAGUGGCUUAUUUGAAAAGUCUGAAAAGGCAUCUACAAACAACACCGAUGUAGAUGGUAUCACUUUUGAAGAGGAGGACGCCGACUCCCUGCCAGCAUACCCACACAAUAUUACAGCUGCAGCACUAGCCGACAUACUCACCGAAGUUUGUUCGCAAGCAGAAACAGUAUUGAUUGCUAUACAAGGUCAUGGUCACGCCGACGGUGUCUACACCUGUGAUCAUUCCAACAACACCCUUAACCUAGCAUAUCCUAGCAGCGCUGGUGCCUGCUUAGGCAUGCUCGCAGAUAUAUUGCGCAGACUAUUCUAUCAACUUUAUUUCUUGUAUACACAGUGUUCACACAAUACCGAUUACAGCGGCUGGUACAAUUGCUCGUACGGUCAGGGUGUCGGUAACUCUGGAUGGCAAUGCAAUGACAACCUAUGCCCUAACCAACAGUGUAACCUAAGACCUGACCAAAGUACUAGCCAAAAGUGUAAGCAACAUCCCAAGUGCGGUGUAAAAUCGCCACUUCAGUCGUACCUUGAAGAUAGCCUCCCCGGCUUCCUGCCACAUUCAUUUUCCAAUGUUGGCUGCGGAGUGAAAUGCUCAGUUGGCAAUCACCACGGCAAACCGUGUCUAACUCCAAUGGGUUUUAACGAUAUUAGUAUUAAAGCUUCACAUACAAAGAAGGGUAUGUAUCUCCAAAAGGUGCUUGAGAAAUUCUGUGGCAAAGCAGAGAGCCCACUCACCAAGCUCUGUAGCCAGCUAAAUUGUCUCUCGCCUACCGCUCCAAAAACACUAGGCGAUAUGUUUAGUUUCUAUCACAAUUUCCUUAAUGAGUGGAACACCAAGACGGAGCAUAAGCGAGACGCGUUUGCAGCGGCAGUUAAUAAAGCCAAUUUCGAGAAGCGAUACAAAAAUUUCGAUCCGGCUAUAAUGUUCGGUAGCCCUAAGCAUUCACAUAAACAAAUGAAUGCCGACCUCGGCAGCCUUGUCUGUAACUCGAGAACGACGCAAACGUGCGGUCCGUAUUUGCAGUCGAUUAAUCAUGACGUUAUCGGCACAUUCUCCAAGAAUCACGCCGCCAAAUACCUUUCAUGGAUCGUAUACGCUACAGAAACAUUUUAUGACCUGCUCAAAAAAUUAUAUGAUGAUUGUUGUGGUACGUGUGGCGGAGACUAUCCAAAAUGCCGUGUUGCUCGUGGUCAACAUACUUGUAAUGCUGCCAAUCAGCAAGGCUCCGACAAUGACAGUGACACAUGUACCUCAAUAGUUAGGUGCCAGCAUACACGUCCGACAUUAUACAAAUAUGGCUUCGUACAUAAUGACGUAGUAAGCCUUGCCGGUAAAAAAAGUAAGAAAUCAUGUAAGGAUUUCUGUGACGCAUUGAAAAAAGUUCUUAACAAGGAAGAAAAAAUAGGAGCAACGCUUGCGGAAUUAAUUUAUAAAACAAUUCCUGAAUUCUUAUUCAAAAUUCGUGAACCCUUCAUAUGGACAUUGUUAGCCCUCUGGUCGCUGUCGCUCCUGUACCUGCUGCACAUCACCGUCGUCCGCCUCGACGUCCUGAGGAUACGCUCCCACCUGAGAUCACCCGCAAGCCACCGCAUCGCCGCGCAGUCGCUGCUCGCCGCCGCACGCGUCAGGGCACUCGCCAACGUCAAGUACUUCUCACCGUAA